GUGCCACCUUCCACAGCUUCGAAGUGCGGGGACGACCCAGUCCCAUUGCCCCUUUCCUUGUUUGGAUGCAUCUAACCUGCCAAGAACGGGAAGGAAGGACCAGAACCGGGGGUAACAGGGAAGAGGAAGCCGAGGGAACUGGCGACACAAGGCGGCUCGAGUGGCCCGUAUCGUCCGUGAAGCUGGGCGCUCCGCCAUCUAACUAACGGCCUUUGCACAGUAUUAUCCGCAAAUUUUGAAGUAUUAUUUCUAUAGGUGCCAGCACUUGAAUUGAGCGCGAAGGAGGGAUCGCACCAGGAUUCAAGCACCUCGCCAUCAACCCGCAUUUGAAGAUCCGAGUCCUCGGUUCCAUGCCGUGCGACAGUACGGUUGACAAUCUUUGGCGCUGGGCUUAAAGGCUCGGUAUGGCCCGCGACUUCGAUGGGACGGAGCCUCAGCCGACGAUAAAAGACCCGAAGCCUCGCGAUUCCGGCUCUACCCGCCCGAGCGCCAGCGAAACUGAGGAUAUUGGUAUGGGCGGACAAUUGCGCCCAUGGCAGGAGUUGAAGGAUGAGGUCAACGAAACGGGAAACAAGACGACCGGGAGCGCCAGCGCCAGCGAUAAUGGAGUCCGAAGCCACGGCCCCUCGGACGAGACAGCCAUUGAGAUGAAUACGGUAGCGGCGCACGCGACACACGCGCCCGUCGGCCCUGGGUCACCGAAGGCGAAAGCUUACGGUAACGGAUUGGGUGCGGAAACAGGGGCAGUGGGAGUCGAAUACAAGGUGUACAAAAGGCGAUGGUUUGGGUUGCUACAGUUGACGUUGCUAAAUAUCAUCGUCAGUUGGGAUUGGCUCACCUUCUCCCCCGUUGCUAGCCAUGCGGCGCGGUACUUCAACACUACUGAAACUGUCGUUAACUGGUUGAGCACGGCCUUCCUGUUCUCAUUUACCUUCAUUACCCCCGUGGUCAUCUACGUGCUGCACCUGGGGCCAAAGAAAUCCAUCGUCACGGCUGCGGCCCUCCUGCUCAUCGGGAACUGGGUCCGCUAUGCUGGCUCGCAUUCCAGCUCAGGGGGGAUCUUCGGAGUGGUCAUGUUCGGCCAGAUUCUCACUGGGCUCGCGCAGCCAUUCGUGCUUGCUGCCCCGUCACGGUAUUCUGACCUCUGGUUCACAAACCGGGGGCGGGUGGCCGCAACGGCCCUGUCGAGUCUCGCAAACCCCUUCGGCGCCGCCCUGGGUCAGUUAAUCGUUCCGUUCUGGGUUGGCCAGCCAAGCGAUAUCUCCCGCAUGGUCCUCUAUGUCUCCAUAAUCUCCUCAAUCUGCGCAGUCCCUGCCUUCUUCAUCCCCUCACGGCCCCCUACGCCGGCAGCGCCCUCCGCCGAGACCCCCAAACUUUCCAUCGGCGCGUCCGCCAAAAUCCUUUUCAAUCAGGUCGAGUUCUGGCUCCUCUUCAUCCCUUUCGCGAUGUAUGUCGCGCUGUUCAACUCCAUCUCCUCCCUCCUCAACCAGAUACUCCUCCCACACGGCUACAACGACGAGGAAGCGGGCAUUGCGGGCGCGGUACUCAUCGUCGUGGGGCUGGUCGCCUCGGCUAUCUCGUCGCCCAUCAUCGACCGGACUAAAUCCUACCUACUUGCGAUCAGACUAGCCGUCCCGCUCAUCGGCCUUUGCUACCUCAUCUUCAUCUGGAUGCCCGGUACACGCGAUGGUGGCGGCGUUGCUGGCCCGUACGUGGUCAUGGCCGUUUUGGGGGCUUCGUCCUUUUCGAUGCUGCCAAUCGUCGUCGAGUACCUCGUCGAGCUGACACAUCCCAUAAGUCCGGAGGUCACAUCGACGCUGGCGUGGAGCGGCGGGCAGCUGCUGGGUGGGAUAAUCAUUAUCGUUUCCGGGGCGUUGAGGGACGGGGCAGACGGGGACCCACCGGGAGAUAUGAGGGAUGCGUUGAUCUUGCAUGCGGUGCUCGCCCUGGUGGUAGUGCCGUUGCCCUUGUGCCUGGGGCUGUUUGGGCGGAAGGAAAAGCUGCUGUUGAGGAGGGUCAAGUCGGACCAGGAGGCGAGGAAUAGUGCCGAAGGGGGACAUGGUUAUGGGGGACAGAUCUCAUGAUAUGUGGCUGGCCACGGUUCACCGAAGGAGCUUGGGAAGUGUUUGCUCCGUAUUUAGCAUGGAUGAUAUGAAUCAAUGUAGCACGAGAGGGAGCAUGUACGACCCCUCGACAUUACCAUUACAAUAAUAUAUACCUCACCGCGAA